AUGUCACGACACGAUAAGUUUCCAGCUCUACUGCUAGGCGAAAAGGCCGUUAGGGAGAGGUGUGUGUUAUCAUCCGAAGUCAAGGCUAGCGAAAUGGAUGCAUCGGUGGCCUUGCCGCCGCCGAUACGUUGCCUCUCCCAUAUGCACUCGGCACUCCUCAAUAUGCCUAUCAAGUCCUGGCAAGGCAAUUUGUUCGUUGGCGUUCGUCAGCCGCCGCAUUUGUCGUCGAAGGAUUCAUCUGAGAAGAGUCGCCGCCCGCCCCCAACUUGGUCGGAGUUCGCCGUGAGAGUUGACUGGGAUAUGAAACCAAACCAUUGGAUGACAGAUCAGGAAGGCUUCUGGAAGACUUCUAUGCCCGUCAUGCACUCUUAG